CGUGGCAGCACACUUUCACUUCCGGGUCGCUGUAUCAUAACCGGCUCUACUUUCUUUUUGCGGGUGUCUCUCGCUUUCAGGACAAGGUGUUCGUCAAGGUAGUUUGCGUACAGUGUGCCUAUAAAUGGACGCUUUACACAGACAUCGCUCGCUUUAUAAAGGAACAACCCCACCAUGGAAAGAAGAAUACCGAAAGCGCUGUGUAGAGAGACUCAAGGGCAGCCGGUCGAGGUUGCUCGACAGAUAUCGCAAGAUGGGUGAGGGCCCGAAGUCCGGCGACCCCACAACCUCUUUGCUCGUGCAGGAAGUCAUGGAGGCGGAGUGGACUGCUCUGAAGUCGGUGGGUUGGAGAUUGCCAUCCCUCUGGGGUCCAGAGGGCGUUGUGGAGAUGUGGAAUGUUAUGAAGGACAAUGAUGAACUGGCACUUUUGGAGGAAAUCCAACAGGAGCUCCUAUCUUGCGAAAUGUCUAUUAUUGAAGAAUAUGAGAGAGACCAACAAGAAGAGCAGCAAUAUUUAUCCUCCAUUGUGGAAGGAAUGGACGAGGUUCAUGUUAUUUGUCCCAUUUGCCACAUGAGCUGCUUGAACUUCAACAGCCAUUUCAUCUCCUGCCCAUGUGGACUCCACAUAAAUACAACGAAGAACAUCACCCCUGAUGUCGUACAGAAUCUUCUGGAAUCCAGGGUCCUGGAGCACAUGGAAGGCUGCAAUUACAACCCUGUUUUUUCACUGGUGUCAAACUCUGACUUCUCUCCUAACCUGAUCAUAAGCUGCAAGGUUUGUGACUACCUCUCCAUCGUUCUAUAACUUGGAACAUCAUAAAUGAGUGUGGGGUUUAUUUUGUAUGAAUGUAAUUUUUUGUUUAAAUGAAGGACAGUUUUUCCACCCAAUUCAAAAGUAUUUUGCACUCAGAAAAUGUUCACUAAAUGUUGUAAGAUGUUUGUGGUGGGAAAUUUCAGAUGUACAUUAUUCCCUUAUGUACAAUUUAUGAAUAGCAAUGUAUGGAUAUUUAUUUUUUUGAACUCAUACACAGAUACAAAUAGUGACUCAUUUCAAAUUUUCUGUACCACUUUUUUCACUUGUUAAUGGGUGUGCUUAUCCAGCUGACUCUGCGUCUUACACUAUAUAGUUUCUAAAAAUAGAUGUUUUAACUUAUUUUUAAGCAAUGAAAGUGUUCAAUAAACUUUUUCUUUUCUCA